AACCUAAGAAAAAUUCGACAAUCAAAAGGGCUUUAGUUCUAGGAACCAGUAAUUUUUAUUUGCCAAGAUCUUAUUGGUCCUUGGGCAGAGCAGAAUUAGUGAAAAAGAGCUUUUUGUUUAAGAUGGAGUCGAUGGAGAACAAAGGCAAGAAAAUUCAGCGGAUAAGGCAAGUGGUGUCCCUUUUCAUUGUCCUCGGGGGGUUAGGGGUGGACUCGGAAUCACUUCGGUAUUCAGUAGUGGAAGAAACUGAGAGUGGGUCCUUCAUAGCUAACGUGGCAAGAGAUCUAGGACUGGAUGUCGGAAAGCUGUCGGCUCGGGAGGCUCGGAUCGUUUCCAAAGAUGAUGAGUCGCAUUUUCACUUCAACCGUCAGACAGGGGACUUGUAUUUAAAGCAGAAGCUAGACCGUGAGGAGCUUUGCGGCCAGAGCGAGCCCUGCGUGCUGCAUUUCCAAAUUUUAUUGGAAAACCCCGUACGUUUUUUUCCAGUUGAGAUUAGAGUGACCGAUGUAAAUGACCACUCUCCUGUGUUUCCGGGAAAGGAAAUGCUUCUGAAAAUCCCGGAAAGCGGUACUCCUGGAAUGGUUUUUCUGUUGGAACGGGCACAGGAUUUGGAUAUAGGAAGCAAUAGUCUCCAAGACUAUGAAGUCAGUCCAAACUCCUAUUUCCAUGUUAAAGUUCGAGAGGGCAGCGACGGAAUAAAGUUCCCGGAACUGGUGCUGGAUAAAGCCCUGGAUCGCGAGAAACAGCCUGAAGUUCGAUUAACUAUCACGGCUGUGGACGGAGGAUCUCCUCCGAGAUCAGGAACCGCCCAAAUGCGCAUCGUUGUAGUAGACAUAAAUGACAACGCACCUGUAUUUUCUCAGCCGCUAUACGAGACUCGGAUUCCCGAAAACAGUUCCGUGGGGUCUUUGCUUGUCACUGUCUCUGCUACUGACUUAGACGCAGGAAACUACGGUGACGUAUCUUACUCUUUUUUCCAAGCCUCGGAGGAAAUUCGGAAACAGUUUCAGAUAAAUAACAUAUCGGGAGAAAUCCGAGUGCGGGAAAAAUUAGAUUUCGAAGAAAUACAGUCCUAUACAAUCAGUGUUCAGGCCACGGAUGGGGGGAGCCUUUCGGCAAUAUCCACAGUUCUUGUUCGGGUUACUGACGUGAACGACAACCCCCCUGAACUCACCAUGUCAUCGGUUACGAGCCCCAUCCCCGAGAACUCCCCUGAAACUGUGGUCGCCGUUUUCAGCAUUAGAGAUCGCGACACCGGGGACAACGGUAAAAUGAUAUGUUCCAUCCAGGAACAUGUGCCUUUCGCCCUCAAACCGACGUUUGAGAACUUCUACACCUUGGUAACGGACAGAGCAUUGGACCGAGAAAGCCAGUCAGAAUACAACGUUACUAUCACUGUCACGGAUUUAGGCUCCCCGAAUCUCAAAGCGGAGAAGAACAUCACGGUGCUGAUAUCCGAUGUCAACGACAACCCCCCGGUGUUCAAUCAAACAUCUUACACACUGUAUGUCCAGGAAAACAACAGCCCCGCCCUGCACAUCGGCAGUGUACGAGCCGUGGAUCGGGACACGCGAGAGAACGCCAGGGUGUCCUAUUCCUUGCUGCCUCCCGAGGCCGGCGACCUUCCCCUCUCCUCUUACGUCUCCAUCAACUCGGACAAUGGCAAUCUCUAUGCUCUGAGAUCCAUGGAUUACGAAGUCAUUCCGGAGUUCCAAUUUGCAGUGAGAGCGAUUGAUGGCGGUUCCCCGUCGCUGAGCAGCCAGGCCAUGGUCCGGGUAGUGGUUCUGGAUGACAAUGACAACAGUCCCUUCGUCCUGUACCCUCUGCAGAACGGCACCGCCCCCUGCAAUGAUCUGGUCCCCAGAUGGGCGGAGGCCGGCUACCUGGUGGCCAAAGUGGUGGCGGUGGACGCCGACUCAGCUCAGAAUUCUUGGCUUUCUUUCCAACUCCUCAAGGCCACGGAUCCCGGUCUCUUUAGCGUGUGGUCUCACAAUGGGGAAAUCCGAACCACGAGGCUCAUCACCGACAGAGACGCCAUUAAGCAAAGACUCGUUGUCCUUGUAAAGGACCACGGGGAACCCCCUCUAUCCACCGAGGCCACUCUGCACGUCCUUCUGGUGGAUGGCUUUUCGGAGCCCUAUAUCCGGAUCUCCGAAGUGCCGAGGGUUGAAGAACAGGAGGACUCCCUCACGGUCUACCUGGUCAUUGCUCUGGCCUCCAUCUCGUUCCUCUUCCUCUUCUCGAUGAUUGUCUUCACCGUAGUUAGGUUGUGGAGCAGGAGGAGACACGCUGCGGAUGCUGCCAGUUUAGGCCCUGAUGGUCUUUUCCCGGGACAUCUGGUGGAUGUGAGCGGCUCUGGGACCCUCUCCCACAGUUAUCGCUAUGAAGUUUGUUUAACCACUGGCUCGGGGAACAGCGAAUUCAAAUUUCUCAAACCCAUCAUUCCCAGUCUCCCAGCCCAGGAGGGUGAAAGGGAUCUGGAAGUGAAUCCUCCAUUUCGCAAUAGUUUUGGGUUUAAUUAGCAAUAGAUCCUAGCAGAAGAGUUUUUCUGAGUAACUUUUACGAUGUUACGAGCAUAGUUAACCCAACAUAAUGUUUCCCAAAAGUGUGUGGGGCGUAUACUUUUUAAUGUUAGUUUUUUGAAGAUUAAUAUUUCUCCAUAAUAUCCUUCUCUGAUCCAAAUAUUUUUCGGUGACUGUGAUACCAUUUUUGCUUUUAAAUGAGAAGCCGACAUAUUAAUUUCCAGUCUCAAACUUUGGACACACUGACUGGUGUGUUAUUUGACAGAAACUAAGUUUCUGGCUUUUAAUCUAGUUGGUUAGAGAGCAAACCAACUUCCCUAAACUUCAACAUGAUAUUCCCCUCUCUACAGUACAUUUGACUUCACUGAUCUCAUUCUCCUAUCGCAAGAAGUGAAGCCAGUAAUGAGUCCUUUCUAGACUUAUUCUAGACUUAUUUAUCUUAUUUAGACGAAUCUGGUCUAAAGGUUUCUAGACAUUUCCCAUGAUGGCAACAGCUCUCCUGGGUGGCAAUAUUUGAUAUUGUUUGCUCUCAGCUAGGCCAUCGGGAACCCUCUGAGGAUCAGAAUUCCCUCCAGCUGGAAACCUAAGUUUCGAACCCCAGCCACUCCUUCUACUACAGAUAGCAGUGUUGUCGGCCUGCAAGCCUCAUUUAUACUUAUCUCCUUCUCCGCUCCUUGCCGCCCACUCUCGUUAGUUUCCCUUAUUGCAGCAGGAGGGUUCCCUCCUGAGCAGCAGGAGCGAAAACCCGAUUGUUGGCCCUGCCCUCGACCAUCCCCCGCACCUGCCCCCAAGGGCAUGGUCCUCCUUCUUUACCAUAAAUCCAUCCUCUGGUCAUUAGGAUAUAAGAUAU